AGCAGUCUAGUGUAUAGAAAAAGUUUCUAUACGUUUCUAUACUCUGUGCAUUGUCUCUACUGUCUUUUUCUAUACAUAGUGUUUACAAAUUUUUCGUUUUAAAUUAAUUCGAUGUAAAUUAAUUUUAUUUCAAUACUAGUGUUUUACAUAUUAAACAUACAAAUUAUAAUACUAUUGUUAAAAGAUGUCGUACAAAACAGGCGAUUUAAAAGUUUAUUGGAAUAGAAUAAAUUAUGCUUUUCCUAUUUUGAACGAUACAAUCUCUAGUGAAUGUACAGCCGCCGAAUAUGAAGAAAUUCAACAAAUAAUUGUCGGUUUGGGUAUUCAAGUUAGAAUUCGAGAUCUCGUACUCGUCCAUAUCGAGAAAUAUCUUCGGCAACGUGUAAUACCCCCUUUUUGGUCUAAAUUUAUGAAAAUAGAAGAGGAAAUCAAAGGUUUCCAGUUGUUUAAAUCUGCUGUGAACGAUCUAUAUGAGGCUGUUUCUAAGUUUUACGAUAUGCUACGACAGCUAACUAUACUUAAUAGCAGCUGUGGAGAUAACAAACCUGUAUUUGGUGAAAAAAAUGUCAUAUUAGGAUUCAAACAGCUUGUGCGGGCUACCCUAUUGUCACAACUGCCUUUAAAUUACCAAGUAAUCAUAAACCACUUUUAUAAAGUAUCUUUCAAUGUGUUUGAUAAUGAGUAUGAAAAUUCCGAUAUGGGAGAAGAUGUUAUGUGUUCUGGUUGUUGGAAUGAAUACUCUGAUUGCAAUUGUGCAUACAUUGUAAAAGUUUUUCAUGAUACUAAUAGGAAAUUGAUGGAGCUUAAUUUAUUGGAGAGGCUGACUGGACAAGUAUUAACAAACUUCAUACAAUUACGAAUAGAGUCUCACAUACAAAAACUAUGUAAUGGAACAUUUGAUGUUUCUCACAUAGCCUUCUUAGAAAAUUGGCUUGAUACCACUGUCAUGUCAUGGUUAACAAGAAUAUAUUGUGCAGGAUCAUCAAAACCUCCUCCAGAUGAUAAAAAUAUUCAAAAUGCCAUUGAGAAGUUCAAGCAGAAACUUAGCUAUUAUUUAUACCAUAGUUACACUAAACUGAGAAUUGAUCAGCUUUUUAAUAUAAUUAUUGAUUAUCCAGAUUCACAACCUGCAGUGGAUGAUAUAAAAUUAUGUUUAGAGAAAACUGACUUGAGGGCAACUCUUUGUAGGAAGUUACAGGUGGCUUUGGAAACAAGACUAUUACAUCAUGGAGUGAAUACAACUGACAUACUCACUGCUUAUGUCUCAACCAUAAGAGCAUUGCGUCAUCUUGAUCCAUCAGGAGUCAUACUAGACACUGUGACCAAACCUGUACGCAGCUACUUGAGGAACAGAGAGGAUACUGUGCGUAGUGUAGUGAGCAGCCUCACCGAGGAUGGUGCUGGUAGUGAAUUAGCUGAAGAACUUGCUAAGUUUGCAGCAGAAACUGAUGGAGACAGUGAUAAAGAUGAAGCAUGGGAUGAGUGGAAUCCUGAUCCAGUAGAUGCAGAUCCUAAAGUUAAUGCUGCUGAUAGAAAAGCAAGUGAUAUUAUUUCAAUGCUAGUCAAUGUGUAUGGUAGCAAGGAACUAUUUGUUAAUGAAUACAGAACUUUGCUAGCAGAUAGAUUACUAGCGCAGAGUGUAAUAAACACAGAAAAAGAAAUAAGAUAUUUAGAACUAUUGAAAUUGAGGUUUGGAGAAUCACAAUUGCAUUUUUGUGAAGUGAUGCUUAAAGAUAUAUCAGAUUCUAAACGCAUUAAUGCACUUAUACAACAAGAUAAAGAGUUUGAAGCAGCCAAUAAGUUCACUUCAAAUGCUAUGAUUUUAUCAGCACAAUUCUGGCCUCCUUUCAAAGAUGAAACUUUAGAGUUACCAGAAGAAAUAAAAAAUCAUUUUAAAGCUUAUACAAAAUCCUAUGAAGCGUUAAAAGGAAAUAGAACAUUAGAUUGGAAACCUCAUCUUGGCAAUGUUAAUAUUGAAAUUGAAAUAGGAAACAAAAAACUGGAUUUAACAGUUUCUCCCUUUAAUGCUACUUUAAUUAUGCAUUUUGAAACUAAACCAGAGUGGUCACUUGAUGAUCUUCAUCAAGUAAUGAAAGUACCUGUAACUAUAUUGAGAAGAAAAAUAACAUAUUGGCAGUCAAUGGGCCUAAUUUCAGAGAAAAGUUCUGAUAUUUAUGUUUUGGUAGAUGAUUCUGAUGCAGGUAAAGCAAAUGUUGCUACAAAUCAAGUCCAGGAAAUGAUUUGUGAAGAUGAUGAGGCAGAGAGUGUUAUGGCAUCAGCACAUGAUCAAAGAGAGAGGGAUCUUCAAGUUUUCUGGUCUUAUAUUUUUGCAAUGCUCACUAAUUUAAAUUCAUUACCAUUAGAUCGCAUUCAUCAAAUGUUAAAGAUGUUUGCUCCAGGAACUGAAUGCAGUCUUCAGGAACUGAGACAAUUUUUAGAUACAAAAGUAAGAACUCAUCAGCUUGUUUUACAAGUUGGUAUGUAUAUGUUGCCUAAAACAUAAUUUCGAUAUAAUUAAAUAUGAUAGAUUUUAUGAAAGGUAUUAAAAUAAAAUUUAGAAAAAAGUUUUAACAACUUUAUUUUUCAUCCUUGUAUAAUAUAAAAAAUUUGGUUACAUUACAUAAUGUCUGUGGGUUAAUAUCCAGUUUAUUAUUUAAUAAAGCGACAAUUAUUCUGUGAA